AAGGACUUUUAAAUUUUAAUUCCAUAUAUACACCGAAUCUGAAUGACCAACGAUCAUAAAUCGGUGCCCCCAAAUCUGAUGGCAUCAUUCUAGCCCCAUACUUUAGAGAGAGAAAGGCACUCACUCUACACUGUUUAAAGAAGAUAGCCCUGCCUCAGCUUCACCACACCUCUCUCUCUAGCUUCUGCAAACUCCAAUGGGAGAGGAGGAGAAGAAACCCGCCGCUGAAGCGAAAAAACCUGCUGAAAGUAAAGAGGACCCGCCCAGCGCUGCCGCCGGAGAUGAGAAGAAGGUCGAGGCUCCGGCGGAAGAAUCCAAAGAGCCGCCGCCGCCUCCAGAGAUUGUGUUGAGAGUUUUCAUGCAUUGCGAAGGCUGCGCUCGGAAAGUCCGACGCUGCCUUAAAGAUUUCGAUGGAGUUGAAGAUGUGUUGACUGAUUGCAAGACCCAUAAGGUUGUAGUGAAAGGGGAAAAAGCAGAUCCACUGAAGGUGCUAGAGAGGGUGCAGAAGAAGAGCCACCGCCAGGUGGAGCUCCUAUCUCCCAUCCCCAAGCCACCGCCGGCAGAGGAGGAGCCUAAGAAGCCGCCGGAGGAGGUUGCUAAGCCGGAGGAGAAAAAGCCAGAGGUGAUUGCAGUCGUUUUGAAAGCUCACAUGCAUUGCGAGGCUUGUGCUGAAGCCAUCAAAAGGAAGAUUUUGAGAAUGAAAGGAGUGGAGAGUGUGGAACCUGACUUCAAGAGCUCGCAAGUCACGGUGAAUGGCGUUUUUGAUCCGGAGAGCUUAGUAGAGUAUGUGGUAAAGAAGACGGGCAAACGAGCGGUGGUGGUGAAGGUGGAGCCGAAGAAGGAAGAGAAGAAGACGGAGGAAGGCAAAGAGGAGAAAAAAGACGACGAGAAAAAAGCGGGAGACGAGAGUGGGGAAAAGGAGGGCGAAGAAGGGACGACGACCGACAACGCAGGGGAGAAGAAAGAGGAGGGUGAAGUUGUUCAUCAAGAAGACCCAAAGUUGGAACUGAGAAAGCAUGAGCUCUACUACUAUUACCCCGCUCAAAGCCAUUACCAAGUGAAUCCUCACCCUCACCAACAAAGGUUUGCCCAGGAGGUAUAUGGGUAUGGUUACCCAAAUAUGUUCAGUGAUGAGAACCCCAAUGCAUGUUCUGUAAUGUAAAUGAUGAUGAUGAUGUGGAAAGAAUGGCAUUUGAUCCUUUGGGGCCAUUUGGUCAUUGGCUGGUUGUGCCCUGCAUGUGGCCCUGUCUGGGUCAUUCAGUAGAAGUAGUUAAUGUAAUGUCUGCAACCAGUACUGUAGAAUUUUGUGAGUUUUUUUUUCUUCCUUUCUUUCUUGUCCUCCUUUUCUUUUCUUCAUUAUAAUAAUGUUAUAAUGGGUGCUCGGUGCUCCAUACCGGAAAUGGACAGAGAGGUAACGCAUUAUAGUACAUGGUACUACAGCAUAUGACUAGAUUAUGCCCCUCCAUUUUUGCAUAUUGUGUGUACUUGCAAAGUUGCAACUUGCUGACAUUCAACAAAACAUAAUGAGAGAGAGAGAGGGAGGGGGAGGGGACUAAAAGGGAAAAGUGACCUUACACCUCCAAUUAUUGACAAGUGCAUUCAAGGUCACUAACUAUUUAAAUCAUGAAUGAAUCGUACAAAAUGGGUCAUGGGUGGUAAUGACUAACUACCGAUCAGCCAGUAAUUGAGAAAGUUGUAAUUAUGCUUCCGUUUAAAACGUACCGAUGCCGUCCAUGGUUAGAGUGGGGCGUAGCCACGAGGGGCUAAGUCAGCUAUGGGCCCACUCAAAUUUACUGAAAACAAUGUAACCUUUGGUUAAAUCUUUUCUUUUCAGUUCAUUCCAUUAAGAUUGUAUCAUAUUAAAUUUGGUAAAAUCCGUUUGGUUUGAAA